UGACCCUAAUGAAGUGGGCUUUCAGAAAUUUAAAUUAUUAUAGUUCGCGGGUUUAUUGAUUUGUCAAUAUACUCGCUAGAGCGCGCAUUCCCAUUCAUUCCCGGACGUUCUUUACCAUUGUCCUGCCUGUCCCGCCAAACUUAGUCGUUCUCAUGCCUUUACCGCCCACAUGAAACAGUUCCACCCAGGCGUUCCUGCCUUCCAAUGUUCUAUCUGCGGGAAGAAAUUCGGCACGAAAAGCAGGAAAGCGCUAGGUGCGCACAUGGUCAUGCGACACGAGGAAGGCGAGAAAAAAUUCGACUGUGACAAGUGUGGCAAGAGCUUUUGCCUCGUAGAAAAUUUACAUAGACAUUUGGACCUGCAUGAGGUCGAAGGGGUCAAACCGGUCGUGUGUGACGUGUGCGAUGAUCGAUUUGAGGACGACGACCGGUUGAGGAAGCACAUGGAGUCGCACAAGACGAUCACGUGUGACCAUUGUGGCGCUGUGUUCACUUCUAAACAUGCAAUGGAUAGCAGGCACGUCCGCAUCCACACUGGUGAAAAACCGGAGAAAUGUGACCAGUGCGAGGCGACCUUCAUCGAUAAGAUGGGCCUCAGAAAUCACAUCGCGAAAGAGCACUCUGCCAGAGAUCAUGUCUGUCACAUUUGUGGGAAAGGCUUCUACCUCCCAAUCUUCCUCAGGCGUCACGUUGAUUUGCACGAGGGCCGUUUCCCCUACGAGUGUGAACCCUGCGGGGAAAAAUUCCGCUUGUACUGCACCCUCCAAUCCCACAAGGUCAAAGUGCAUGGUGCCGACCCGUUCGUUUGUGACGUGUGCGGAGCAACUUUCACAUGCGCCAGUGCACUUCAUAAGCACAAGAAGACGCAUGGAGGAAUGAAACCACACCAAUGUGAAAUCUGUGGGGCCUGUUUUCUACGAAAAUCUGAGCUGGUUGCUCACCGGCGGGUCCACACGAACGAGCGCCCCUACCCCUGCCCCCAGUGCGACAAAGCGUUCAAACAGAGUAAACACUUGUCUGCGCAUGUCCUCCGGCUGCACACGCCCGGCUACGUGGCCCCUAUCCGGUACCCGUGCCCCCACUGCGACAAGGGCUACACCCACAACCACUUUCUCCAGGCGCAUAUUCGCCAAGUGCACACGGGGGAGCGGCCCUUCGUCUGCGAGCAGGUCGGGUGUGGGAAAGCGUUCGCGAAAAAGACGUCGCUCUACUUGCACUUGAAGGGACAUCAUGGCGUCGUGAUGGAGAAGAAGGGUGAUAGGCUACCACGGGGGAAGAGGACGGAGCAAGAGGUUCCGAAGACGUAGGGGGAACAUGGAAAUGUAACCAAAGGGAUAUGUUUUCAGUAUAUUUUUUAUGAAGUAGAAUAAACCGUAGUAACGUUA